AGUCUUUUCAAGCUUUGAUCGUGGUAUUGUUUACGUUUUUGGAAACAAUGAGGUUGCACCUUGCGGCGAUCCUGAUCAUCUGCAUCGAGCACGUGUCCAAGGCGGUCGCCCAAGGGAUGCCGAUCAGUCCCUGCCCCAAGAUCUUCCAGUACCGCUUCGACGGAACCGAGUGGUUCGGCCUAAUGGCCAUACGCAGUCCGGAUGUCCACCAGCCGCUCCACAUACGGGUCACGCUCUCGAUGCGGGGCAAACCCACUACGAACUACCUGGGCGAAAUCGAGCUGCUCACCCGCGGAAAGUUUAGCCACAACGCACAGGUCCUCUACAGGAUCCGAUUCCCCAAGCACCACUUCCCACCCAAGCUGCUGCUCAUGUCGGCCAACAACCAUGUGAUCUGCUUCGGAUCCGGCGAGCAAAGCAUCUUCAUGACCCAAAUCCAGCUGGAGCACAUCAGGAAAUUGGCUUUUAUUCCGGAUAAGAAGAGCUCCCUUCUACUGGAUCCCGAGGAGGCAGAAAAAACGAUUGCCGACUUUGCCGCCAAGCCGCCAGAUUCGCCGCACAUCCAGUUCAAGAAAAAACCUUUUGGCCAGCCGCCCAAAGAGACCUGCGGACGCAUCGACAGAGACCUCGACUUUCGGUUAUCCCAAAGAAAGGACACUGUGCCAAGCGAAAUCAGCCCAAAGAGCUCCGAUGCCAUCGCAUCGCCAGUGUUUGUUGACGACGACGAUGAAGACUUCGAGCACUUCGGGGAUGAAGCGGAAGACGAUGAGGGGGACACGCUGGAUGUCAAUGACAGCCUGCCUUCGAUCACCAGGGGAUCGUGGCCCUGGCUGGCGGCCAUCUAUGUGAACAACCUGACCUCCUUGGACUUUCAGUGCGGCGGGACGCUCGUCUCGGGACGCGUGGUCAUCAGCUCCGCGCACUGCUUUAAGUUGUUCAGCAAGCGCUACACGUCCAACGAGGUGCUCGUCUUCCUGGGCAGGCAUAAUCUCAAAAACUGGAACGAGGAGGGAUCUCUGGCGGCCCCAGUGGAUGGCAUUUACAUCCAUCCCGACUUUAACAGCCAGCUAAGCAGCUACGAUGCCGACAUUGCUGUGAUAAUGCUGAAGGACGAAGUUCGUAUUCUUCCAUGCAGAUUCAACACCUUUAUUCGCCCCGCCUGCCUGUGGUCUGGGUCCAGCAAGGCGGAGUACAUUGUGGGCGAGCACGGCAUCGUCAUCGGCUGGAGUUUUGACAGAUCGAACAGGACGCAGGAUCAGAAGCUGUCGGCGUCCAUGGGCAAGAAGGCGGCCGAUACCAGUGCCCCCAAGGUGGUAAAGGCGCCCGUUGUCGGCAACACGGAGUGCUUCCGGGCCAACCCCAACUUCCGCAGCCUCUCCUCCAACCGCACCUUUUGCGCUGGCAUCCAGACGGAGGAACGGGAGCCGCACCAGAGCGGUGCUAGCCCCUACACUGGCAUCUCGGGGGCCGGGUUGUUCAUCCGCAAGAACAAUCGCUGGAUGCUGCGCGGCACAGUGUCGGCGACCCUGCCCGCCGUGGAGUCACCGGAUCCGGGAUCAGGCCAUGGCCACUGUUGUGGCAACCAGUACAUCAUAUAUGCUGACGUGGCCAAAUUUCUUGAUUGGAUCACGGCCUUCAUUAUUUAAAUCAUGCCCAAAAGUAGAUGGGAUAACUAAAUAUCUAAAUAAGCGCUGUGAUAGCCCCAUGGGCAUAGCGAUGGGAGGAAAUCUGUGAACUGUGAGGCACCUUCCAAGUACAACUCCGAGUACUUAGCCGAUUUGGGGUUUUCUUAGUUUCUCUAAUGAAAAUUGUGAUUGCGGCAUAAGAUAGUAGAGCAAUACAUAUAAAUAAAUUAUAGCACGGGAAAGCCGAAACAAUUAACAAGGUUUUGCAGA